UCGGAAAACUAGUAAAUUUUGUACGACCAUGGCUCUAAAAGCUACCUUCUUGUUAUGUGCUUUCUUGGCUUUCGGAAGUGCUGCAAUCAGGCAGCCUCGCGAUCUAGCUGACCAGGCGAGAGAGGAACUUGAGGCUCUAGAGAGCAUCGUUCAGGGAAGAAUCUUUGCUGCUCACGACGAUCUCAACAACAUACUCACCGACUUUAGAACAAAUUCUGCAAAUGUUGCUACCGAAGGAACCAUUUCAAUACAACAAGAAUCACAAACUGUAGACCAGCAGUUGCAAGCAAUCAAGGAUUUGGCACAUGUAGCAAAUGUUGAUAUUUCAGCAUGUACGAACAUUCGUGAACACACUUUGAACAGACUGCCUGAUCGUUUGGUUAGGAAGUUGAACGUAUGUGUUACUGGAAUCGAUAUACAAGCGGCUUCGCUUGUUGGCGAUGGAAGAUACCUUGUGGACAUCGUUUAUAACAAAGUUCGCAAUUUGGAAUUCCAGCUAAAUCGGUGCAGAGACGAUCUGUUGUGCAUUGCUCCGUUGCUUACGGAAAUAGAACUUGACAAAGUUCGAUUGCCACAAAAUGUUGACACUGAAGUUCUAGCUACCAGUAGUCUAUUGACAACUUUGAGGCUUUCUGUUGAAUCUUGUUCAAGUUCGCACGUGGCUCAAUAUGUAACAGAAGCUUUUGGGAUUCUUGGAGACAUUCAGGCCUGCGCUGAUAGGCUUAUUGGAAAUUAAUUAUAAAUAAAUACAUUUUUGUUUUAUUUUAUUAAAUAUUUAUUUUUUUGUUGCAAAGUCAAGUAAUUUGCAAUUAUACGACAUGUUUAUUGA